ACGUUUUAUUAGUUAGCACCGGCAACAACCCGAACUUGUCUAUUUUAUAACGUUCCACAUGAAAAUUAUUUCAAUUAUUUGGUAUAUUUAAUAAACUCCACUAAAAAUGGGUAAACUGAAUGCAACAUUACUUCGUUAUUUAACUCAGGAAGAUUUCCGGGUUAUCACCUCAGUUGAAAUGGGAAUGAAGAACCAUGAACUAGUUCCUGCUCCACUUAUUGCCUCUAUAGCUAACCUCCCUCAUGGUGGCUGCUUCAAAAUUUUGCGAGAGCUCUGCAAGCAUCGUCUGAUUUGUUACGAGCGAUGUAAAGGAAAUGAUGGCUAUCGUUUAACUAACAGUGGAUAUGAUUAUCUAGCUCUGAGGGUUUUUACAAAUCGAGGUGUGAUAUCUUCUAUUGGGAAUCAAAUUGGUGUUGGUAAGGAAUCUGAUGUCUAUAUUGUUGCUACAGAAUCUGGAAUACAGUAUGUCUUAAAAUUACAAAGACUGGGCAGAACAUCUUUCCGUCAGCUGAAGAAUAAACGUGAUUACCACAAACACCGUAAAAGUGCUUCCUGGCUUUAUCUUUCUCGAAUUGCUGCCAUGAAAGAGUUUGCUUACAUGAAGGCUCUUCACACUCGUGGAUUUCCAGUUCCUAAACCCAUUGAUUUUAACAGGCAUGCAGUUAUAAUGGAACUCAUUGAUGCAUAUCCAAUGUGCCAAGUUCACGAUGUUGGUGAUGCAGGAGAAGUCUACAACCAGGUGAUGCAGAUGAUAGUAGAUUUGGCCAACUGUGGUGUAAUUCAUGGAGACUUUAACGAAUUUAACUUAAUGAUAAAUGAUGAAGGUAAAGUGACUAUGAUUGAUUUUCCUCAGAUGGUAUCAGUCUCUCACCACAAUGCUGAAUGGUACUUUAACAGAGAUGUGCAAUGUAUAAAAGAAUUCUUCCUCAGAAAAUAUCAUUAUGAAAGUGAAAUAUUCCCCACAUUUGCUGAUACAAGCCGAACUGACUCAAUGGAUGUUGAAAUUGCUGCCAGUGGUUUUACUAAAGACAUUGCAGAGCCAUUUGAUGAGGCCUUGAAAGAUAUUGGUGUUUUGGAAGAUUUUGAUGAAACUAAAGAAGACGAAGAAGAAGAAGAAUCUGAUUGUGAAAGUGUUAAAGAACAGAGUAAGGAUAGUCCAAAAGAGAAACAACAGACAAAUUCCAAAUCUAAAUCUAUCGAAGCUUGGCUAAAAGAUUGCGAUACCAUCCAAGAAGUUGAUGAUGAUGAUAUUUAUUAUUGCGCAGCAGAUUUUGUUGAAGGAAACCAAGCUCCUAACACUGCAGAAUCUACCGAUGAAAAAGAUGGAGAAAAUACUCUGAGUAAUUCUGUCAAAGAAGCUGAAGAAGUACAGUCGGAAGGCGUUAAGCCAGAUGAAAAAUGUGAAGAAGCAACAAGUUGUCCGUUCGACAGAGAGGAGCAACUAACUGAGAGUCGAAGCAUGAGGGCUACAAGCAUAACGAGUUCCACGUUUGACCCCAGAUUUGUGAAAGAGAAAAUCAAAAGAGAGGUUCAUAAGAAAAUAACCAAACAAGCUUCUAGCAAUAUCAGAAAGACGGGAGAGAACUUUUAUAUUAAUAAGAAAAGGCAAGACAUGAAAUUCGACAUCAAGGAUUCUAUGGAUGGGUUCUGGUCUUAGGAUUUCAUUAACAUGAAUUCUGUUUCUUUAGUAGGUAUCUGACUUUAAGAACUUGCCCAUUUUACGAAAUGAAUAACACCAUUCAGAAAUUGUACCAUUUUGGGAACUGGGUUGAUUCUGAAAUCAAAACACCAAAUCUCAAAAUGGUAACUGAAGACAUAUCAUGUAAUUGUCUUGUUCUUCAGUUGGUUGACUGUCACUCUAAGAACUAUACACUGGAAGAUUGCAGAAACUAUGUUAGUUCUUUGUCCACCAUAGAGAACUUUCUGCUCAUCCUACAGAAACUAACUGGCUUCAAAGAGGUCAAACUUGUAUUUUUGAUAUCCUUCAAGAAACUCAAUUAAACUUACUGUAUUGUU